AUGAAGCCAUCCGCUGGCCUUUCUAGCAGAAGAUGCAUUCCUUGGCAGGGGCUCCUGCUCACAGCCUUGCUGUUCACCUUCUGGAACCCGCCCACCUCUGCCCACCUCACCAUUGAAUCGGUGCCCUUCAUCGCUGCGGAAGGCACUCAGGUUCUCCUACUUGUCCACGGCCUGCCAGAGCAUCUUCGACUCUGCAGCUGGUACAGAGGGGCAGAUAUAGCCAACAGCCACCGAAUCGCCACAUAUGAGCCAGCCACUCAGAAAGUCACGCCAAGCUCUGCACACAGCGGUCGUGAAACCAUAUACCCAAACGGAACCCUGCUAAUCCAGAACGUCACCCAGGAAGACGGUGGAUUCUACACACUACUCACUAUAAAUACGUUUUAUCAGAUACAGCAAGCCUUGGGACAGAUGCAUGUAUACCGGAUACUACCCAAACCCUUCAUCAUAAGCAACAACUCCAAACCCGUGGAAGGUAAGGACUCUGUAUCACUAAGGUGUAAACCCAAGAUUCAGAACACAACUUACCUGUGGUGGAAAAAUGGUGAGAACCUCCCAGACAGUGACGACCUGAAGCUGUCGGAGCACAACAGUACCCUCACUUUACUCCAUGUAACAAGGGAUGACAUCGGACCCUAUGAGUGUGGAACGUGGAACCCACUGAGUGCCAACCGGAGUGAGCCAGUGACACUGAAUGUCCUCUAUGGUCCAGAUACUCCCACCAUAUGGCCCUUGAGCUCUUAUUUCCAUUCCGGGACCAGCCUCAGCUUCUCCUGUGACACAGCCUCUAAGCCACCUGCCAAGUUUACCUGGCUUUUCAACGGGAGGAUCUUGAAAUCUACGCACGAGUUCAUUAUCCCCAAAAUCACCAAAAGUGAUAGCGGAUACUAUACCUGCCUUGUCCAUAAUUCUGCCACGCACCUCAGUAGGACCACAGUCAAGAAUAUCAUUGUCCUUGGUAAGUGA